AUUUUGUAUAUGUUGUGGUAUAUGCACGCGCUCAUGAGCGCGCCCUAAUGACGCAAAAAUCGUGCGCAGUGGGGAUGCGCAAUGCAAUUCUGAGGAAUCACCUUAUAAGGGCGCGUUCGUUUGGGAUCAAUCCGGAAUAAGAAUAACUGGAAUAAAGCGAGUAAGCGUUUGUUUGGUAGCUAUUCUCAUUCCGGAAUCCCUGGAUUUCCAUUCCGGUUAUUCUGUUCCUAAGGGCAGAAUAGCCGGAAGAGCUAGAAUAAUGACGUCAUUGUUUCAGCUGUAAACAAAGAUGGCGUCGUGUUUAGGUGAAAGUGUUGAGGCGAUCUGUCGAGGCUGUCGAGAGAAGGAAAGGCUUCUGGUGGAGCAGAGAGGACCCUCUGAUGUUAAUUUCCCAAUACAGGGAGCAUGAGAAGCUUUUCAGAAAUCUAAAUUGUAAGAAGAAAAGCGUUUGGGAGCUAAUUACAGCGAGUACGGCGGCAGAAAAUCCAAACUUCAGCGCACGACCUGAGCAGGUUGAGGGAAAGUGGAAAUCACUGACACUCGCUUUUCGCAAGUGUUGUGACCACAACAGUAUUUCGGGAAAUGACCGAAAAGAAUGCCCAUUUUACAGGGAAAUUGCAGAGCUCUAUGGUUACAGGCCUAAUGUUCGUCCGUAUGCAACAAGCAGCAGCUCUGGGAAGGCGGAUUACGUGCGCCCUCAGACCAAGUCACAAGAAGAAAAGCUAGAGGAAACGGAAGGGGAAGACAGGAAUGAAGAGGUGACAGUUGUGUUGAAAAGACCUGUUACAAGUCAAGAUUGGUUGCAGAAGAAGAAAAGGCUCUCGAAGAAAGAAAAGGGAGUUAAGUCAAGAAAUGAAUACUUACAAUGGCUUCAGGAAUACAGAGAAGAAAAGAAGAACGAAGACGAAAAGAAAAUGGAGAAGUUCGAGGCAUUCCACAAAGAAAAAAUGAAGGUACUUGGGGGAAUGCUAGAGGUUCUGAGGGGCGUCAAGGAACAGUGAACGACUGUAUAUGUUUGGCUGUACCUAGAAUACUUGCUCAAAUCUCAUAUUAUUGUAUUUGGAAUAUUUAUUGUCAUAUUUGUUUCCAGCAUGUUUUUUACAGGAAUGGCAUUUUUUUCAGAAAUGUAAUCUAUUUCAAAUGAUAUAAAUUUGAUUUUGUAAUACAAAUUAUAUUUACUUCAGAAGUUAUAUAUUUUGUUCCUGAAUGCAUACUGUAAUUAUAUUUAAAUCAGACAAUAUUUAUAGCAGUAAAUAAUUAUAUUGUUUCACCAACAUUUUGGCUUGUCUCUAUGUCAUGAAAUACUUGAAUAAAGUUUUUCCACUGCUGCCAUUAGUUCCAAAAGGUAUCAAAAAGCCUGAAAAAUGUUAGAAUAAAUAAAAGGUUUUUGAUGAAGGUGAUUAUUGUCCAUGUUUAUGUGCAUUUCAUGGACUAAUACCCUCCAAAAUACCCCUGGCCAAAUUAAACCCCCCCCC